UUGAUAUUAUCGCUGAGGUAUCUUUUUGUAUUUUUCUGCCGGGGAUGGGCCAGAUUGGGAAGGGCGGUACGAGGGUGGGACUUGGCGUUGGUGUUUUGGAACAUCAAAGAUGGACAGGGUUUUCGCGGAGGUCGCUCCUCAGAUAUCUCCACAACUACAGAUCGGGGAUCUUCCAAAAUCGAGAAGAUUGGUGCAUACGGCUAGGUCUCUUCACCUUACAAUUUGUAUGGCAAUUUGGCCCGGGGUUGUGGUGUGGUAGGGGAGAAUGGGGGAUAAUCCCACGCAGGAGUUCCGAACGACGUCUGGUUCACGUUUGGCUGGAUAACUCCACCACCACACGGGGUAUGCGGUCGGCGAUGGGGUCAGAAUGCUCGUAUGAUCGAGGGCUUUUCGAUGGAUCUAUCGGCGGGUUCUUAUUCGAAAAAUCGAGCGAGUUCGUGGUGGAGCGGUUUGUUUUUCAAAGUUAA